GAAAAAGAGAUGAGGAAAACCUAAACCUGAAUGGCGGUGGCGAACUUCAAAUUUCCAUUAACCGAAAGGAUUUAGAGCAAUACAGCACUGGCGAUUUUAAACGUGGUAGGAAGAAAGGGGUAAUUUCUGUUUUUGAUGACCACCGA